AUGGUUCACACUUUGAAACUACUGGAAAGGAUUAUGGACUCGCGACUUAGACAAGGAGUGCGUAAUGGCCGACAGCAAAUUGGUUUUAUUAAAAGGACUGGUACAGCUGACGGUAUCUUCUCUCUCAGGCAAACCAUGGAGAAAUACCAGGAGAAGCAAAGAGUGCUGCAUAUGGUUUUCAUCGACUCAGAGAAAGCCUAUGACCAAGUGCCACGCCAAGAAUUUUGGAGAGGGUUACGAGAGCGAGGAGUACAAGAAAAAUAUGUAAGAAUGAUCCAGCAAUGCUACAAGGACGUGACAAAGAGAGUUAGGAGCACAGUGGGCAUGGCGGAACACUUCAGAGUAAAGGUUGGCUUACACCAGGGAUCGGCACCAAGCCCACUGCUAUUCAAUAUAAUGUUUGAUGUCAUCACAGAAAAUGUAGGGGAAGAACCACCAUGGUGCGUAUUGUACGCUGAUGAUACUGUGCUUGUAGCAGGAAGUAGAAGAGUGCUAGAAAAGAAACUAGAAGAAUGGAGCUUUCCUUUAGAAAGCAGAAGAAUGAGAAUAAGCAGGUCCACAGAUAUAGAUGGCGACCAACUAGCCACAAUAGAGCUAGGUGGAGGGGACUUGAAAAUAGUUCGAACUUUAAAUAACUAG